CAACCGCAGAUCUCCAACCGAUCACCCCCUGUUUGCUCUCUCUACAAAUAUCUCCCCUCUUGCCUUUCUCAUUCCAUCGACCCCUCUCUCUCUCUCUCUCUCGCUCAAAACAGUAAAUUAUGUUAAGUUCUCCAGAACUCCCUGAUUGUAACUAUCAAAACAAUCCUAUUCUAAUUACCCCAAACAGCCCUACACCCAAGCAUUCACUGUAUCUCUCCAACCUAGAUGAUCAAAAGUUCCUCAGAUUUUCCAUUAAGUACCUGUACCUUUUCAAGAAAUCUGUAUCCGUAGAUAGCUUGAAGUGUUCUCUCUCCAAGGUUCUAGUGGAUUACUACCCAUUAGCUGGGAGGUUGAGAGCUAGCUCGGAAAAUGAUCAGAAGCUCGAGGUUGAUUGUAAUGGGGAGGGUGCUUUGUUUGCUGAAGCUUUCAUGGAUAUUACAGCUGAAGAUUUUCUUGAACUUUCUGAGCGGCCAAACAGGUCUUGGAGGAAGCUCUUGUAUAGAGUUGAAGCCCGUAGCUUCUUGGAUGUUCCUCCGCUUGUCAUUCAGAUCACAAAUCUCAGUUGUGGGGGAAUGAUUGUGUGCACUGGGAUCAAUCACUGUCUAUGUGACGGCAUUGGCACAUCGCAAUUCCUACAUGCCUGGGCCCACCUCACCACCAAACCCACCAUCGAUUUACCAAUCAACCCCUUUCACUCUCGCCACGUGUUAAAACCCCGAAACCCUCCUCAAGUAACCUCCACUCACCCCCAAUUUUCCAAAACUACCCCUGACAAAGACAGUUCUUUCCAAGUAGACCUCAACCAAUACCUCCAAACUCAGGCACUGGUGCCUUCAUCCUUAACCUUCACCCCGUCCCAUGUCCUUCACCUGAAGAGACAAUUGGUACCCUCUGUAAAAUGCACCACCUUUGAGGUCUUAGCAGCUCACACGUGGCGAUCCUGGGUUAAUUCACUAGACUUGGAUCCCACCCUCAAUGUUAAGCUCCUUUUCUCUAUCAAUAUUCGGAAUCGAUUGAAUCCUGAGUUAGAACAGGGCUACUAUGGAAACGGGUUUGUGUUGGGAUGCGCCGAGACCAAUGUUAAGGAUUUGGUGAGCGCUAACUUGCACCAUGGUGUGAAAUUGGUGCAACAAGCCAAAUCUUGCUUGACCCACGAGUACGUGAAGUCCACCGUAGAUAUGUUGGAGGACAAAACGGUAAAAACAGACUUGUCAUUGAGCUUGGUAAUUUCUCAAUGGGCUAAGCUAGGGUUGGAGGAUUUGGAUUUUGGGGAGGGGAAGCCUUUGCACAUGGGCCCACUAACCAGUGAUAUAUAUUGCUUGUUUCUGCCAGUGACUGGUGAUUUCGAUGCUGUGAGAGUGCUAGUGUCUGUGCCAGAGAGUGUGGUUGAUAAGUUUGAGCAUUACAUGAGAGAUUUUCGAAGUAGUGGAGAUAAUAAUGGGGGUCCAAAUGGGCAUUGCAGGGAAGAAAAUGGACUGAUUUGAAUGGAUUUUGAUACUGUUAUACAGUACUUGUGAUUUUGGAGGUGGUUUCUACUAUUUAUGAAAUGAACCUUGAUAGAUUUUCAUGUUUGUAUUUGUAGUCCCCAUAGCUCCUUUUUUGCAAAGGGUAUCACAAAUUGUGAUACACACUAAAUAAUACUUCCAGCAUCCACUUUAAA